GAAAGAAGGGUUUUAGGCAGAAAUACAUAGCUAAAAGCUUUUCUGGUUUUGUAGUGGAGGAUCUCUGUCUGUCCUCCGUGCUGCAUCAUAUUGGAAUUGGUGUGCGUGCGUCUCCACUGUAAACUUUGGGGUUUUUUUAAAUAAGGAGUAGAUAGGGAAUUGGAGCUGCUUGCUUUUGGUUUCUGAAUGCCAACGUUCAAACGUGUUGUUAUUGGUCAUUUUAUAGUAAAGGGAGGGAGAAUCAAAGGACCCGAAAAGGUUAUUUAUUCGAUUUAUAUACCGUUUUUCAUUUAAAAAAUAAUCUCAAAGCGGUUUAUAAUAUAAUUAAAACAUUGCAUAAUUAAAAUACAAAAGUACAGAUGAUCUCUAAGCAGUAUAAUUAAGACAAAUAAAUGAAAAAUUAGUUAAAAUAAGGGCUUGAGCAUUCUUCACAGAACCAUCACCCACCCACCCCGAAAAUAACCCGAAUUGUUUUAUCUACAGUUAGCAUAAAUUGACGUUGCCCAAUUGCCAGAUUUACUUUUCUGACAAAUUAGCAUUUAGGUUGGCAGGCACUUGCUGCUAUACCAACACAGAAUUCCAAAAACUAUGACAUUUAUACUGCAUGAGCAUCACACCGGCUUUCUAGGUUGGAAGCUGACUAUGGCAGUUCGGUUCCUUUGGAAGGCAAUGGCCAUGAUAGAAAAACACAGAACUGGAUUUCUGACUGUUUCCUGCACUGGACUCUUUGGUGCUAACCUUACUUUUCACAUCUUGCCCGAGGAGACAUUCAAGCCAGUAUAUCAAGCCUGGAUUAAGGGGCAGCCAGUCAAGCUUUCAGAAACAUUACAGAGCUUAUUCCUUCACAUCCUCAGUGAUGUCAAAGUGAAGUCAGAAAAUUGUUACCAAGCCUUUGUGGCCUUCGGCUUCCAUCCGGUGAGCGCUGGACUUCCAUGGCUGCCCGAAGGCUGUGUUGUGGGCAUCCCUACCAAUUUCACUGGCACAGUUGAUGAUAAGCAUGGGGUUGUCGAUCAUGUUCUCGUGGUUGAAGGCAAAGAAGUGGACUGGGAGAGCACUGAAGGCCUGGCCUUAAAGGAAGCCUUGACACUUUCUCCAGAGGCUCAGAAGUUUGCCAUUGCAAGAGAAGUCAUGUACUUGCAAAGUAAUAGCCCCUUAGCACGUGCAGCAGUUGCCCCUAUCUGUCUGGCUGGGACUUACGUAUCUGGGGUAGCCAUAAAGCAGCUCCUGGGGUUGUACUCUGGUCCAGUGGUAUUGCGAGGCCUUUACAACAUAAUUAUUGUGGCAGUUGGGUUUAUGGGCUAUUGUCUGACAUAUGACACCGUGAACCGGGCAGUAGAUUAUAGGGCAGAUAGAAACACAGCUACCAUUUCCACUGACUUUGCCAGAGGUGGAUUGGAGUUCUAUAAUAAAAUCUUGUCCCAGAACAAGACCCUUCGUAAGCUCAUGGGCAAACAAGGGGAGAAGAUAUAUGCCCCAAGCGGUAAUCUUUUUCCGAGAUAUUGGUUCAGAUUAAAACAUGCACCAUACACUUCCAGGAGGGACUUAAUUAUCAAUAUUUUAAGCAUGCCCCAGGCACAGGGAGGGCAUGAUUGAAUUUUAAACUUGUAAAUUAUGUAUUCUCUUUGGAACAUUGCAGCCUGGUUUUCUUUUUCACACGAUUUCAUUGGUGUUUCAAUUUUGGGGAAGAAAGGUUUUUAUUUUUAGGGUGCUUUUUUUUUAAAAAAGUCCUGUGUUCACUGGAUGCCUGUGUCUUAAAAAAUUAAAGCAAAAAUAUUCUUCAAAGA